AUGGUCAGGCCACAAUUCAGACAACUGGAUGUAGAGUCCAUGGGACAGCUCUGCAAAAGAAAGGAGCGUAAGCAGAAGCUUGCACGACUGAAACGCCAACGCGAGCGCGAAGAGCAACAACAUCAAUCACACCUCCCACCAACGGCGCUCCCAACACCACUCGAAUCAGAUGUCGGAACUCUCGUCGCGACGGAGGCCCAAACCAUUGGCUUUGCAUCAGCCGGUUUUGGCAACCUUUGCGGUAUUGACGACCUCGCCUUCAAUUUCAUCGGAAUAGAUUGGAACGAUAACGGGUACAAUAUUGCGCACACCUUGGGCUCCUUCGAACCACCAUCUGGGAUAGGCAGUAUCACAACAGCAACAACCAAACCUAUCUCUUUGGAGGAGACCAAGUCGCCCUCAGCAUUCUGGUCGCCUUGGACACCCCCAAUUGCCCAGCCUCCCACAGAACAGACCUCUCGGGAAGAGUCAAAUAUUUUACCCGAGGAACUGCUCCUGGUUCCUGACCUGGCUCUUAUCGGAAGAGGCGCUGAGCCGCCUGACAGUGAGAGGGGAUUGGACAUGCUUCAGCUGUUCCUUGGGUUCAUCAGCGAUUAUGCCACGAAGCGUCUUCCACACAACGCAACAAGCGCAAGAAACAUCAACCGCUCUGACGUAAUGAAUGGUGAACAGGUAUUAGAGGCAACUGUCGAGCUGCCAAACUCCAAGACAUUCAAAAAUAGCGACAGCUCAGAGGACAACUCUGGAGAAGACAGCGACAGUGAAAAGGAGAGUGCGAGCUCCGAUCGUAGCGACAGCCCUGGUGUUCUUGAGGAAAUGGGCAAAAGGCCUCAACGACGCCGUUGGACGUCUUUGGACGAAUUACGUCUGCGCGCAUGGGUUCAGGAGGAAAAAAAGUGGUCUUGGAUUGCUGGUAAAUUGCAGCGAAGCGAGCAGGCUAUCAUCCAACACUGGAAGAUCAUGGGUAAGCGGGAUAAGAAGACAACAAAGUAG